AUGGCUGACGGCACCAGCGGGAGAGGGUACCAAUACUUCGUGGAAGUUGGGAUGGAGUGCAACCACAGGACUCUCAACCGACGUGGAACCACAGGGACAGGAAAGCUGGUCCUCCGCCAUUCAGGUGUCCAGUCGGGGAUUCUCAUCCUCGACCAUGAGAUGUACAGACAGAGGUCCAGUUGUAUCCGUCUGCGUCGUUCCGUCGCGGGAAGGCGUGUGGCCCCUACCUCCAUGGGUUCAGCCUCUGAUCCCGAACACUCGCCGAAGGAGGGAGAGAAGCGAUGGAGAUGCCGACGCUCCCGGAGGAGGUUAUCCAGACGGAUGGCCAUCGCCAUGAGUGCGUCCAGGACGGCCGUAGCCCAUUCCAAUGCCCGCCCAAACCGCCACAGGAGUGACACCCAGGUGAACAACCGGAAGGUCACAGUGCUCAUCGAUGGAGAACUACGGAGUGAAAAAUGGAUGGAUGUUCAUGUGGGUGACAUCAUCAAACUUGGAAACAACCAGUUUGUUACAGCAGACCUGCUGCUGCUCUCUAGUAGUGAACCUCUCAACCUGGUCUACAUAGAGACUGCUGAACUGGACGGUGAGACUAAUUUGAAAGUGAAGCAAGCUGUGACAGUCACAGGAGACAUGGGGGACAACAUCCAUAACCUGGCUUCCUUCAGUGGCGAGGUGAGCUGUGAGCCCCCCAACAACCGCCUAGACCGUUUCACAGGAACUCUGACUAACGCCGGUCAGAAAUACUCUCUGGACAAUGACAAGAUCCUGCUGAGGGGCUGCACCCUCAGGAACACAGAGUGGUGUUUUGGACUGGUGCUGUUCGGAGGUCCAGAGACUAAGCUGAUGCAGAACUGUGGGAAGACCACUUUCAAGAGGACCAGCAUCGACCGCCUGAUGAACGUGCUCGUCCUCUGUAUCUUUGGCUUCCUGGCGUUCAUGUGCACCAUCCUGGCCAUCGGCAACAGGAUCUGGGAGCAGCUCUGGGGGUCAGAGUUCACGGCCUUCCUGCCCAGACAGGGGGGAGUUGAUGCCCCCUUUUCCGGCUUCCUCACCUUCUGGUCCUACGUCAUAAUCCUCAACACCGUCGUACCCAUCUCCCUCUACGUCAGUGUGGAGGUCAUCCGUCUGGGCAACAGUUUCUACAUCGACUGGGACAGGAAGAUGUACCAUGCACGUAGUGACACCCCGGCCAAAGCCCGGACCACCACGCUGAACGAGGAGCUGGGUCAGAUCAAAUACAUCUUCUCGGACAAAACCGGAACACUCACUCAGAACAUCAUGACAUUCAACAAGUGUUCCAUCAACGGGAAGAGCUACGGGGAAGUAUUUGGCUACACUGGCCAGAGACAGGAGAUCAACGAGCACACAGAAACAGUGGACUGGUCGUUCAACCCUUUGGCUGAUCAUCACUUCUCCUUCCAUGACCACUCCCUGGUGGAGGCUUUGAAGCUGGAGAGUCCUGACGUCCAAUCCUUCUUCAGACUAUUGGCCCUCUGUCACACUGUUAUGGCUGAGGAGAAGAUAGAGGGUGAGCUGCUGUACCAGGCCCAGUCCCCUGACGAAGGUGCCUUGGUAACCGCUGCACGCAAUUUUGGCUUUGUGUUCCGCUCUCGCACGCCAGAGAGCGUCACCAUCGUAGAGAUGGGAGAACAACACAGUUACGAACUCCUCGCCAUCCUUGACUUCAACAACGUCCGCAAGAGGAUGUCCGUCAUUGUGCGGAGUCCAGAGGGGAAGCUGUGUUUAUACUGUAAAGGAGCAGACACCAUGGUCUAUGAGAGGCUGAACCAGUCCUGUGCCAAGCUGAUGGAUGUCACCACUGAACACCUCAAUGAGUUUGCUGGUGAGGGUCUGCGGACCCUGGCUCUAGCCUAUAAGGACCUGGAUGAGGAAUACUUCAGCAGCUGGAAACAGCGCCACCAUGAGGCCAGCACAGCACUGGAGGACAGAGAGGACAAACUAGACCUGCUCUAUGAGGAGAUAGAGAGAGACCUGAUGUUGCUGGGAGCUACAGCCAUAGAGGACAAGCUCCAGGAUGGUGUGCCACAGACCAUCGAGCAGCUCGCCAAAGCUGACAUCAAGAUCUGGGUGCUCACUGGCGACAAACAGGAGACGGCGGAGAACAUUGGCUACUCCUGCAACAUGCUGCGAGAGGAGAUGAACAACAUUUUCAUCGUGUCGGCCAACAACUCAGACGAUGUCAGACAGGAACUGAGGAAUGCAUGGAGCACCAUGAAACCAAGGUGCAGAGGAGGAGGCCAACUUCAUGCCAGAGAAGACGCUGGGGAUAACAAGCCGAAGGUGGUCAGGGACGAGGAGGCCUAUGCCCUAGAGCGUAGCAUGGAGCUGCUGUUCCUUCGUACAGCCUGUCUGUGUAAGACAGUGAUCUGCUGCAGAGUGACUCCACUACAGAAGCCGCCAGGUGGUGGAGCUGGUCAAAAAAUACAAACAGCCGUCACUCUGGCCAUAGGAGACGGGCCAACCGACGUCAGCAUGAUUAAAGCUGCUCAUAUAGGUGUAGGUAUAAGCGGUCAGGAGGGGAUGCAGGCGGUCCUCUCUUCAGACUACUCCUUCGCUCAGUUCCGCUUCCUAGAACGCCUCCUCCUGGUCCACGGCCGCUGGUCCUACCUGAGGAUGUGUAAGUUCCUGCGAUACUUCUUCUACAAGAACUUCACCUUUACCUUCGUCCACUUCUGGUACGCCUUCUUCUGCGGAUUCUCAGCACAGACGGUGUAUGACGAGUGGUUCAUCACGUUGUAUAACCUAGUCUACACAGCACUUCCUGUACUGGGUAUGAGUCUGUUUGACCAGGAUGUGAAUGACAUGUGGAGUUUCCAGCACCCCCAGCUGUACGUUCCAGGCCAGCUGAAUCAGUACUUCAGUAAAACAGCUUUCUUUAAGUGUGCCCUCCACAGUAUCUACAGCUCAGUAGUGCUAUUCUUCAUCCCCUACGCUGCCAUGUACGACACGGUCCGAGACGACGGGCAAGACAUCGCUGACUACCAGUCCUUCGCCCUGCUGGCCCAGACCUGUCUGGUCAUCACUGUCUGUAUACAGGUACAGCACAGCCGGAGGAAACUCGCCAGGAACUCCCUGAACCAGCCCAACGUGUGGCUGACCAUCCUGCUCACCUCCAUCCUCUGUGUACUUCCUGUGGUUGCCUACCGCUUCCUGUUAAUACAACUCCGCCCCACUAUCAACGACAAGGUGAUGUUCAAGGUGAGACAGGCCAAGGCCGCGCCCCCUCCCCUAGCCCGCCGUGCCCGGAUUCGCCACACCAGCACCCGCCGUUCCGGCUACGCCUUCUCGCAUGCGGCGGGAUACGGGGACCUGGUGACGUCCAACCGUUUCCUGCGCCGUCCCGCCGUCACACUCACCACCGCUUUCACCCCUCUGGGAUGCACCACAGGGUUCAGCCCCACGGGACGCUCAGCCGCGUACAGCCCCACUGGGAACGCUCUGAACACCAGACCACAGGAUGUGGAGGUGACAUCACUGCAAAUGUACCACAUGACGCGAGACCCCGCCUUCUGAUGUACCGCACUAUGCCCGCCUUAAGUCAGAUAACAGUCAUAUAUUAGCCACUUCUGAGACUCACUUAGAUCAUUCAUUUGAUGAUACAGCAGUAGCAAUACAAGGAUAUAACAUCGAUAGAAGAGA